AUGCUGUUUCGAAAUUCUGUGAAGACCAACGAUGAAAACUUUGCUGGAGUGUGGGCAGCACAAGAUUCCAUGAAUGUCAUCUGGCAUGGGCAAAUUAUGGUAAUAGAUGAACUUGCGAAGCAGAACAUUGUUGUGCCACUGAACUUGCACGAGGACUCAGGUAAAGGUUUCCCUCCUCCUGACAAGAAUAUUCACACUUGGUUCAUUGGGGGCCAUAGCCACCUACCCUCCCAAUGUGAUGUUUGCUUUAUGGCCUUUUUACGCUCAUUGUUUGAAGCACUAAAUGAGUUGGUAAGAAAUCUGAUGGGGACUAUGCUCACCAAAAUUGAAAGUCAAGCACCGAACACAGUUCUGGAGUUCAAGAGUGCCGAGAAUUUUGUGAACCAAUUUUGUGUGUAUAUGACUGCUGGACAGACAUUCCAUGAACAGGGAAAGCCAUGUAUCCACUUCUAUGACUAUGUCGUAGGUGGAGCAAACAAACAUUUCGAUCUCUUAGCAGCGAAGAGCCAGACUGAAGAGUCAGUUGGUACGACAGCUGUUAUUGAGAAGGCAAAGGAACUUCUGGAUCUGGUCUCUCCAUCAUUGGACAAUACCCUUCGUGCACAACUCAUUCUCUCCUUUGAUGAGGCCCACACACUCAUGAGGACAGUGCACACUGAGAAGUUGGAGUGGUCGGUCUACACCUCACUCCGCCGAGCUCUAAGGAGCAUCCGAAGCCUUCCCAUCUGGUCUUUAUUCUUGUCGAUGACUGGGUCCAUACCACAAUUCACACCAGCAUACCAUGCAGAUCCAUCAAAUUGUAUCACUACGGGCAUGCUUAUCGUCAUCCCACCAUUUUGUGAACUCCAAUUUGACAUAUUUGCUUUAGAGGACAAAUUCAGGGGAGAUGGCUCUUGGACUCUGGAAAAAGUCACUUCAAUGGAGUACAGGGUCACUCUCGGUUGCCCUCUAUGGGCUUCGCAUUACAGGGAAGGCAGCAAUGCUGACCGAUGCAACAUCAUAGAGUUCGCUGCUGAGAAGCUUCUGUGCAGGGAACUUGUGUCUGGAAUCAUUCUGAAAGACCAUCAUGACAAAUGGCUUGCUGUUCUUUCGCAGCGGUUGGCAUUGGAGAUUGAUCCCUUGGGUACUAUUGGUACUAUGAAGAAGUCCCUCGAAACCUCUCAGGUGAUGCAGGUGGAGAAACAUAUGCAUCUCUGUCUGGCUGUUGAUGCAGGCUUAGAAACUAUGAUCACCACUGCUGCUUCUGAACCUCUACACACAGAUGCUGCAGCGCUAUUGAUACAGUGCACCACCAUUUCCUCUGCUAGUGUGUUAAUGCACAUCCUCGAAAUGCCAGCAUUUGGUGGGUCAACCAGAGGGCAUAAGCAUCUCGCUAUUGGCAUGACAGAGUACAUGGAAGUGCUGUUCACAGCCGGGGUGUACAAUUCGAUGGUCAGACACGCACUGCCCUCACAGGUGCAGUGUUCCACCCAGAACAAGAUGUUCGAGGAGACAUUCAAGAAUGCGCAUAUUUAUGUCACCCACUUCAUCAAAGUACGUGACUUCAAGGUGCUAGAUCAGAAGUAUCUAUUGCGCUACAUCGUACGAGGAGCUGCUAUAAUCUGUAGAGACAACUAA